AUGGCAACCGAUCCUCGUACCCGUCCAGAGAAAACCGGUCGUGCACGUCUCUCAGGCACCGGGCAUGCACAGCCCGAGCCCGAGGGUGCGGGGGGGAGGGCAACCGAGGAGGCGAUCUCGGCAGAAGCACUCCUCCAACUCCGACGCAAGCAGGUCGCGAACGAUCCGUGGUCCAAAGUCCCAGACGAGGACGCGUUGGAGGACAACAGUUGGCUGCAGGAGGCGUUGGGGUCAGCGCGGUAUCCCUUGAGAAGCCGGAGGGGGAGAGCAGAAGCCCACGGUCCGGUGAAGCAGAAGGGGAGCGCGGCGACGACAAAGAGCGCGGUGCACCCAGCCGCCGUUGCGAAAAAGCCUGGAGUCCCCUCGUCCCUGCUAGGGAUCACUCCCGAGGAGAUGGAACGGCGGGUCAAACGGUCCAGCCGGUGGUUGGACCCGAUGGGAGAUAUCCCGGGGUUCGACAACAAAGAUGAUUGGUACGACCAGGUGCCGGUGGACGUGUCCGAGGGCUGGAGGGAGGUGCUCGAAAAGAAAGGGCUGCCCCGCAGAGACUACGACUCGAUGCAGGCAGCUAUGGCGGUGCGUCACUGGUGGAUCAACCUGGGGCCCGGCGAGAUAGCCCACACGUAUGGGGGGCCUCGGCUUCAGCUGCUUCAUGCCCAGAGGACGCGCGAGGAGAGCCCGGACAGAACCGAGACGCGUGGAGAGUCUCAGUGGGAGAGUAAGGCGUGCAGCUCCGGUGAGACGGUGUCCGGACUGCCGCGGACGGCACAAGGCCCGCCGGCACCAGAGGAAGGAGCCGGGGGGGAGCCUACCGCAAAGCAGAGACUGAGCACACCGGCCACCGAGGGGCGGAGUCAAGCUGGGAAUGAGCAGACGUCGCCGGUGAAGGAGUCAGCCCCUGCCGAGGAGAUGGAGGUGGAGACCCCGAGAGAGGGGCAGGCGCAAGCGGAGCCGGAGGGCGAAAACCCGGGUGGAGAUUAG